AAAAAAUCUUGGAAGAUCUUAUAAAAAUUUUGAUAGUGAUAGCAGAUAAAGUUGAAUUUAAAACUGGAAAGAAGAUAAAUUGUAUAAAAAAUUCAAUAGAAAAUCAGGAAUGGCAUGGAGAAAACGAAGAGAACAAUGAAGUUGAUGACCAUUAUGAACAUGUUGAAGAAAACGAUGAUGAAUAUGUUGAAGAAAAUGACAGAUAU